CGUCAAAUAAAAGUCAAACUGCAAUUGUCAAGUAUAAACAUUUUUAUUUUAAACUUUAUUUUUUAGGAAAUAUUUAAGAUUUUGUACUAUUUACUAUUAGUGCCUACAGUGAGUCAGGUUUCAAAAUGAAGCCUAAAUUCAGCACUGGAUAUCUUACUCCUCAGACAAAUCGGAAGAAAACCAUACCAAAACUGAAACGUUCAGAUUCAGAAUCAAAUGAGUUUUUAAAUUUUAAUUUUGGCGAAGUGAGUGAAGAUGUUUUGAAGAAACUUAUGAGGUGUCCAAUAAAAAAACAAUUAAUUAUUGAUCUUAUUACGUCCGAAAAAGAUAAAAUUGAGGAAUACAAAAAGGAACUUGAGAAACAAAAUGAUUUAUCAAUGUCCAGAUCUCUUCAAAAAGUAUUGAAAAAACCUGCUGAAAGUCCAACUGCCUUGUUAAGAAGAAGAUUAGGACAACAUCAAAAUGCUUCAACAAAUAAAGACUCAGACAGUUCAAGUUCCAGCCGACCUGAAUCUAGACAAUCAAUGGCUUCUACUGUUCCAUCCCCCAUAAGUUUUGAGAAAAUACUGGAGGGAGUUAUAGCAUUUGUUGAGGUCAAAAGUGGAGAACGAGAUAGAUCUGAUGCUGUAAAAGCUAUUUUGACAUCUAUGGGUGCUACUGUAAGGGAUAAAUUUACAAAAGAUAUUACCCAUGUAAUUUUCAAGGAUGGUUCUUUUACAACAUAUCAAAAAGCAAAUUUAGUCAGAUCAAAGUUAGUGUCUGUACUAUGGUUAGAGGCUUGCAAGUCCAGUGGCAUAAGAGUACCAGAAAAAAAUUAUCCAGCUAUUUCAGCUGUUGGCGUUAAUCCUUCUUAUGAACACAAUCAAACCAUUUUAUGUUCUCAAAUGCAAAAGGAUUAUGAAGAAAUCAUACGUGAAGAAUUUAAUAAAAGCAUAGCAAUUGGGGAACCUUUACCAUCUGUCAAAUCUGUAAUAGAUAAGAGAAGAACAAUAAUGACACCAAAUAUAUCAAUGGCUAACGACUUCUCAAAAGCGUCUCAAUUGGAUUUACACGAUCAAGAAGUAGCGAAUAUCAUGAGAAGAACAAUUCAUGGUCCUUUUAAUAAUUUUACACCAGAAUCACCCUUUGAUAAACAAUCUGAUACGAGACCUGUCAUUGAUGGUGAUACUGAUAAACAAUCCGACACAGGACCUAUCAUAGAUGGUGACACUGAUGAAGAUAUCUUUAAAGAAUAUAGCAUUCAUGAACUUCAACAAAAAACUUCUACUGUACCUGAAGACAUGGAUUUGACUGAUGGUAUUUUUGAAAAGUCAAAAGAAAAUACUCCUCCUAGAAAGUCUAUCAAUUUUUACAACAAAAAAACCCCUAAAAUAAAUAAAACUGCCACAAAUGCUGUUAAUCAUAGUGAAUCUCCUACAUUGCUUGAUAAUAUAUACAAAAGGAAAACGGAGUUAUUUGAAAGAAGCCCUGAACUAAGUAUGGCUUUGAAUACUGAAUUGACACCAAGAACGCUACGCAUCUUUAGAAAAAAUGCCACUCUUGUUACACCCAAUAAGACAACGGAUGAUAGUCCUAAAAGAAAAGACGACGUUUUAUCUACAAAAACUGUUGAAACUGAAAAACGUACAUACUUUAAUACUGUAGACGAAUUGAUAUCGGUUUUACAACCUUCAGACAAAUCCGAAGAUAAAACAACAAGCACUGCAAUGUCUUCAUUACGAGUAUCUAAUAAUGCCGAUAAAACCAAUUCAAACCUAAUCUCCAGCAAAAAUAAUAGUUUCAUUUCUAAUAAAAAUUCGUUUAGCCCUCUUGAUCCAAAUAUUAUACACAAUAUUAUAGAACAGUUAGAUAAUGUUUCUGUGGAAAAUGAAAGAGAUAAAGUAACAGUAAGGAAAAAACAAAUUAAAAGUAAUUUACAAAACAAAAAAGUUGGUAGAAAAGAAAAGUUGAGCAGUUCCAUUGAAUCUCCGAUCUUAGAUACUCCCCCAACGCAUUCGACAAAGCUUCUGAUGGAUAAUGUUACUGUAAGAAAAAAAUAUACUGACAAUACGAAAUCAAAUGCAGAUCCGCCUGAAAAAAUUGAAAUGUUUGCUAAGAAAGCAAUUCGUUUUUCUUCCAGUUCUGAUGAUGAUAACGAAAAAAAAGAUGAAAACUCGAAUCCCAAACUGACCGUCAAUUUAAGAAGCAGAAGAAAAACAGUUUGCUGCAUUGGCUGUGUUAACCCUGAUCUACAAAAAGUAACCAAAACCAAUGCUAAAUUAGAACAACCAAGAAAUAGACGUAAAACAAUUCAUACAAACAAGACUGUAGAAAACCAAAGUAAAAACAGUGAAGAAGUACAAAAUAAAGAGAAUAGGCAGACACAAAAUAGACGCAAGACAAUAAACAGUUUAAAUCACGUUAUUCCGGAACAAAAUGUUAAAGAUAAAACUCCUAAAAAGAAACUUAGGUUGUCCGAUCCUGAAGAAGGAAUUGGAAUAAUUAAACAAAAAGUUGUAAAGAAAGUUUCAACGACAAACGAAAGUAGUGAUACAGAGUCAGUUAGAGACAGUCCACAAAAGAGUAAAAGCAAUAAUACGAAUUCGCGUAACAGAAGAUAUACUAUCGCUGGAUCAAGCCAAAAUAAAAUCAACAGCAAACAUAGUCGUACUAGAAGAUCGGCAAGCGUUGCAGACGUAGACUCGGAUCAAUCUCCGAAUUCUGGAAGUGACGAAAAGAAAAUGCGAAGAUUAAGAAAACUGUACGACCCGGAUUGUUUACUGAUUCCAAGCAACAGAGACGACCAGGAACGGGAAGACAAACGAAAAGCCAUCAAACCUAAUGAUUUGGGAGUAUUUGUCAAACCGAUUUUGUCACACAAAGGUAAAGAUUGCGCCGAAAAUAACGAAUCAAUCGUUGAAGAAAUUUUGAAUCCAAUUACCUCUAAAAAACAGGUCAAAACUAAACCAAACGUCAGAAAGUAUAAAUCAGUAAACAGCGACGACGAUGAACAAGUUGAACUUAAAAAAUGGAUUUCCAAUAGGAAAAAGGAUGAAAAUAAAAAAGACAAUGCAAAUACUUCCAGAAGGUCACAGAGGAAUUUGAAAAACAACAAUGAUGAUGUAGAUAGUGAAUCUGCCACACCGGUUAUGUCUAGAAACCAAAAAACGAAGCCUUCACAGGUUUUCAAACAGCCGAAUGUUCCAAGAACGCCAAGAAAUACAAGACCACCAACAAGACAGACACCCAUCACUCCAUUACGAAACAGAAGAAGCACAUUGGAUUUCAUGUCGGCCACAUUGCCGAGUUCAAGACGUAAAUUGAAAAUCGAUAGAGUGAUAACCCCUAGUAUAGUAUGCACGAAACUGCAUACAGAAGAUGUGCAAGUUUUUAAACAGAUAGUCGACAAACUUGGACGAUUUAAUGUAGAAGAUGAAGUUUCGAGUAAAACUACACAUUUAGUUGCCGGAGAACCAAAACGUACGAUAAAUAUGCUCAGGGCCAUUUCGAUGGGUUGUUGGAUAUUAAAAAAGGAAUGGCUAUUCAGUUCUCUCGAAUUGGGAAAAUGGCUUCCAGAGGAAGAUUUUGAAGAGACUAGGUUUUCUCCAGCUGUACAGAAAAGCAGAUUGCAGCGUCAAGCGUUUGGCCCUUCUUACACCAUGGAUAUGUUCCAAGAUUGUGGUUUAAUUUAUAUAUCUCGGGGUAGUAUUCCAAGGUGUUCGGAUCUACAAGAACUCGUCGUAUUGUGCAAGGGGAGUGUCACAAGAAUCGCCAGAAGUGCCAAAAUUGUCAUAGGAGAAUACGUGAAGUAUGAAGGAAUUAUUUGUGUUACUGAAACUUGGCUGUUAGACUCUAUAACAUUAAACAGAAGAUUACCUUUUACUAAAUAUAUUAUUAAACCACCCGACAGAAGAAGUGUUAUUGUAUAAUACCUAUUUUUUUAUAUGCCUGUUUUGGAUUUAUUUUUCUGUUCUAUUUUAUAUUUAUUUUUAUUAUAUUUUAUAAGCUAAC